GAAGAGUGCGGGAGCAAGAUGGCUACUACCAAGCGAGUGCUGUACGUGGGUGGACUUGCAGAGGAGGUGGAUGACAAAGUUCUUCAUGCUGCUUUUAUCCCUUUUGGAGACAUCACAGAUAUCCAGAUUCCUCUGGAUUAUGAAACAGAAAAGCACCGAGGAUUUGCUUUUGUUGAAUUUGAGUUGGCAGAGGAUGCUGCAGCAGCUAUCGACAACAUGAAUGAGUCUGAGCUCUUUGGACGGACAAUUCGUGUCAAUUUGGCAAAACCCAUGAGGAUUAAGGAAGGCUCUUCCAGACCAGUUUGGUCCGAUGACGACUGGUUGAAGAAGUUUUCUGGGAAGACUCUUGAGGAAAAUAAAGAGGAAGAAGGGUCAGAGCCUCCGAAAGUGGAAACCCAGGAGGGAGAGCCCGCUGUAAAAAAGGCCCGGUCAAACCCUCAGGUGUACAUGGACAUCAAGAUUGGGAACAAGCCAGCAGGCCGCAUUCAGAUGCUCCUACGUUCAGACAUCGUUCCCAUGACAGCAGAGAAUUUCCGCUGCCUGUGCACCCAUGAGAAGGGCUUUGGCUUCAAGGGCAGCAGCUUCCACCGCAUCAUCCCCCAGUUCAUGUGCCAGGGCGGCGAUUUCACCAACCACAAUGGCACUGGGGGCAAGUCCAUCUACGGGAAAAAGUUUGACGAUGAAAACUUCAUCCUCAAACACACGGGACCAGGCCUGCUCUCCAUGGCCAACUCUGGCCCAAACACCAACGGUUCCCAGUUCUUCCUGACAUGUGACAAGACGGACUGGCUGGACGGCAAGCACGUGGUAUUUGGGGAGAUCACGGAAGGCCUGGAUGUCUUGCGGCAGAUUGAGGCCCAGGGCAGCAAGGAUGGGAAGCCCAAGCAGAAGGUCAUCAUCUCCGACUGUGGGGAGUACGUGUGAGAGGGCAGCUGUCAGCCCGGGGAACCGGCAGCCAAGGUGUCCCGUUUGCAGCAAGCAGGGCUUUGUGUCCUGGCCCUUCCUUGGGGUCAGCGUGGGGCAGCUCCUCUGCAGGCACGGCCUGGGCCGCCUCUGGUUCUUCCCCAAGUGGGGCCGUGGGCCAGGGUGCUGCCCUCCCCACCAUGGACGGCUGUGUGUGCCCUUUCCAGGCCAGGGCCUCUCCUGGGCUCACCUGUGUGGAUCCUAGACGUUUUCUUCUGGUAAAAUAAAUUCUCUUUUUUGUA